UCACUUUAUACAUCGGAUGUGUGAGGUAACGUCUUUCUUCCAUGAUGAAAUUCUAAUGUUUACAAGGAACCCCUCAACAGGUGAGAGAUCUUCAAAGAACUUUCAACCGAUUCAAUGUCUAUGAAAUGUAUCUUACUACAAAGGAGCAUUACGUACCAAUUUUUUAACAUAUUUUGAAAGCAUCGAUCACCGAGGAAUGGGGUGAUGGACAGAACAAUGUCCUUCAGUCCAUGGACAAUUAACCCCGUUGGACAACUCAAAUGAACUACCCUAGCAAUUUCACCAACCCUUCGAUGUUUUUUCGUUUCGUUUUCGUCAGUCACAACGAACACCACGAAAUUUAGGCGAUUAUUUUAGAAAUUCAAAAUCCUUCCUUCGAAAUAUAGCGUGGUCCAAGUGAUGUUACAUUCUUCAAUGUCGGUCACGAAGUAAGGCGAGAAAUCGGUAAUAUGAAAUGUCCUCUAGUAUUAAUAUAGAUUGACGCUGAUACAAAAUGUAUUUAUAGGACUUGCACAGCCAUUUUAAGCUGCUUUGUAUACAUACUUAUGGUCAAGAAGGGCAAACCCUUUUUUCUAUUUUUUAGUGAUUUUCUUUUUCUUAAUGAGUUUAAUAUUUUAUCAUGGUGAUUUAUUGCAACGAUGAUUGCUUAUCACAGGUUGUUAAGCAUUAAAAUAAGAGCUCAAAAUUAAUAGAAGGUUGAUCCCUUUUACAAAAUUCGAAUUUCUGAUUGUGUUCCUUAAAGUUAUUUUUAGUUAUGUUCUGCAGGCAUUAAACAUUCUCCCCUCAAAUUUUGAAUUAAAAGGUUGAAAUGUUAAUUUCUCUGACUUUUGGAAUAUCUCACCUCAGUAUCUUUUUCAACAAGUUUCAUCAUAAUCAGUUGAAAAUCCCACAGCAUGUUUCUGUUCUGGAACAUUUUCUUGUGGACAAAGAGACUUAUAUGUAAGAAUGUUUGUUAUUCAUAAACUGUGUGGUGUAGAAAAUGAAUUUGACAUAACACUAAAUGAACCUUAAUUUGUAAAACUUCUUUCAAAAUGAAGAAUUUGCAAUUAUUUAGAGCAAAUAACAGCCUUUCAAACAGAAACACUUUGCUUGAAGAUUAUAGUUACCUUUGCAUUUUCAUUCCAAGAGAACUUAUGAAUUGGCAUGAUUUAUUUCAUGCGAAAGAGAUUAAACUGGAAAAAAGAAGAGCUUUCAGUAUCUUUCUUUUAAAGUCAUUAAUUUACUUAACAUAUUUUCAUGCCUUUGAACUCUGAAUCAGGACAUUAAAAAUUGGUUGAGCUGCAUUAAGGUUUUUUCAGGGCUCAGUGAACUUAGUGAACUUUCAUCUUAGUUUUGUUUUAAAACCGACUUGCCAACUUGGCACAAGCGGGACUGAUGUGUGAGUACCUUUGUAAAUUUGUUUUUUCUAAUUUAGUUUUCCAGCAUUGGGCAAAAGUAUUCAAACAGAUAUUUUGUUGUAAUGACACAUAUUCAAUUGAUUUGAGAUUUUAAAGGUCAGAAUUGUUUCCAAUGCACCAGCCACCAUUUAGAUAAGGACGAUAGGCUGUUACCAGCUACCAAAUUCUUGUAACUCUUUGUACUUUAAUGUAGUUUGUAUUGGUUUAUUUGUAUUGUUUAUUAUCAUUUUAAUCUCGUUAUCGGCGUUCAGGCCCAGCUUUUUACACUCAAUUUAUUUGUUUAUAUAUUUUGCAACAUUUUGUUAGAUUGUUAGAACUUCGUUGCAUUAUUGUUUCAGUUUACGAUUGUUCAAUUGAUUGAUUGACUGAUUGUGAGAUUGAUUGUGAUUUGUGGUUAGUGGAUUGCUUGCAAGAUUAAAGAUUUGUGUUAAUAGUCAACUUUGGUUUGUUACAUUCUCUCGAUUUGUAAAAUAGCCCCAAACACCUCGCUAACUACAUCUUGGAGCAACACCACUUGAAAUCUUAUGAAUUAGAUUUUUGAUUGCCACAAGCAUUACAGAUAGAACCUGCAUUCAUCAUCCAACCAGAAUCAUAUCAGGAUUUUUAUGUUAAAUCAACAUUUAAGUCCUGUUAUUUGUUUUCUCCUUGAACUGUUUUCAUUUUAUAUUUUUUCUUAAGUUUGUUUGUGUUUUCCCUUGGCCCAAUUGGCUUUAAAAACCAGGUUAAUAACUAUAUGACAGGGUAAGCAGUGGCCAAAUUAAUCAAUUUACAUUGCAUGAGAUAAUUACAUAUAAAUGCUGAUACUUUAAAUGGCAGACUGAAUUCAUAAUACUGCUGAGAUGACUAAAGCAACAAAAUUUUGGAUGCAAUGGACAACAUGCAAGAUAUUUUUGAACUUUUUUAAGGAAGCUGCUUCGUGCAGGUUAAAACAAAAAUUCUUUAGCUGUAAACUGCCCCUUAUUAGCUUAGGCCCUUGGUUAUAGGUCUGUCUACCUGUGAACAAAAAAUACAUUUGAUUGUAAGCCUCCCCUCCCCCUCUUGGAUAUAAGCACCUCUCUAGCUUUUCUUGUUUUAGUGAUAAGCAGGAAGCCACUGUUGUAAAUUAGACAUUAUUAUUUUAAUUAAAGAAGCAAAGACAAACUUCAAGGAAAUCAAAGUCUGAACUUCCUUUUUGUUAUGUUCUAGUUUUGUUUGUGUUGUUAGUUUUUUUUUGUUCUAAAUAUAUUGAAAUUAGUUUGAUUUAUUAAUGCAAUACAUAUUUUGAUCAGUGCUGCUAUAGCUUGUGCUUUUUCUGUUCUGGUUAAUUUAAACCCUGUUAGAUAUACAUUGUGUUUGUAUUGCCCUCCAUUUGUAAGCCUUCCAUUUAUAAGCCCUCCAUUUAUAAGCCCUCCAUUUAUAAGCCCUCCAUUUAUAAGCCCUCCAUUUAUAAGCCCUCCAUUUAUAAGCCCUCUGUUUAUUAAGCCCUCCAUUUAUAAGCCUUCCACUUAUAAGCCCUCCAUUUAUAAGCCCUCCAUUUAUAAGCCUUCCACUUAUAAGCCCUCCAUUUAUAAGCCCUCCAUUUAUAAGCCCUCCUAAAACCUCUUACAAAGUUGCACAAGCACAGGCAUCAAAUGUGUCAAUUUAUUGUAUAGUAUUUUUUUCUGAGUAAUAUGAGUCUACAGCUGUACAUGUUACAUUGUGUUGUGGUGGGUCACUAAAAUGUGAAUUACUAUAACUACAGUAACUGUGAACUCUCAAAGUUACUGGGCAAUGCAUGGUUUUCAGUUGCACAAAACUAGAAAACUAGAUGUCAAUGCCCAGAAAUAAUUGUGGGUAAAAUGUUUUGAGAAAGUGCAUUCACAGGCUUAAUAUUAUGCUAGCUUCACUUUUCAAAGCAUGAUUGCCUGAGGUUUGAAACCACCUUCUUCUCCCUCCCCUCCCUUAUCAAUUUUGUUGUGUUUAAUUUUUCACUGUAAAUUGUACAUUGCAUUAACGCUAAUGUUAUCUGAAAAAAAAACAGUCAUUAAACAGCAUUGAAAAAUGAAUAAGGACUCAAAAACAGUAUACUAUGCAUGAAUAUGCUUAGACAGAUGCUUAGUUUAUAUUUAGCUCUGUUGCAUUAAAUUUUUGUCCAUGAUUUUAGAUUUCCUUAUUUUUAACAUUGUAUUUUCUGGUUUUACCAAAUUCUCAGUGUAAAAAUGAUAUGAAAUGUAUAGCACAAAGAGUGAAAAUUUAUAUUUAGAUCUCAGAAAUUAGAAAAGAUAGAAAUUUUUUUUUCAAAAUUUUCUAAUUUUUGUUUUAUUUAUUGUCAUUGCUUUUAGUUAUGCUGGGGACUGAGACUUUGCGUUAUCUGUCAAGGGUAUCAGUGUUGGUGUAUCAGGGUGGACCGGGUGUUAGUCUUCUUUCUUAACAGACUGGUAAGUCGAAAAUUAAUUGAAACAAAUUUUUGACAAGAAAAGUUGUUUUUUAGGUUGCCAUAAUUUAUUACAAACUGAAUCAGGUUGGAUAUUUAACAAAUACAUUCCAUUUUGCAGUAGGUCUGUUCAGUUACAGACCACAGAUGUCAAACUGUGGUAAGAAAAAAAAAAGUGGCUCUUAAGUUGCAGCCAAGUGUGUCUGAGUGUUUCAAGACUGUAAUAAGGAAUCCAAUUGUUUUAUAUUAUAAGGAAGCAAAAUGUUGUUCAUAGUGAUGUAAUCUAUGCCUCUGUCCUCAGAUAGAUUGAAAGUAAGAUCCAAUCAAAUUGGGUGUAUGAUUCAGCUUAUUGUAAAUUUUGUUUUUGUUUUAUUCUUUACAGGACAUAGACUUUGACUUAACAAACAUGGAAAAUAUUCUUGAUAUUCCUAGUCUGAGGUAUGCUUCACCCUUCAAAAAACUUGCACGGGCAACAGUAGAUAUACUCAACAUAUGAUUAGUUGUAGUAAAGUAGACAUGAUUUAUAAAUUAAACUAAUCUGGAUUAGAGGCAAUGUGAAUUUCUCUAACUUCCCUAUCCCUUUUUUUCAGUGACAUAUUCCUUAGAGUAAUAUAUAUGAUGUCGUGGUGGGAUUUGUGGUUUUCCCAAACAGGAUCACAGUUCUUUUGACUGACAUUGAUCCGUAUGAACUGGACUACCUCUUGCCUGAUGCGAAUCACUGGUACUUAUCAUUAGAAUUUUCUUUCUGCAAAUUGUCUCUUACUGUGCCUCAAAACAUGUUUAAAACGAUUAUUUAAAUUGAAUAACUCAGUAGUAUUGAGUACACCAAGUGUACACAUAAGUGAAGUUUUUAAAGGUUUUUGACAAUUGAUUUUGCUUUCUCUUGUCACUCCAGGGUGUCCUUUGCAAUGACGUCCUGGAAGCUAAAUAGACUUAAUCAAGAAAGAAAUUGUUGUCACAUCUAAAGGUUCUGCCGAGAUCCAAAUGUCAUUCUCAGAGGUAUGUAUUAAAUCUUAUGGAGAUUACUCUAUUAGCUAAAGACAUAAAAGAGCCCUAAUGCCUGAUGUGAGUGACUUGUACUUAUCAUUAGAAUUUUCUUUCUGCAAAUUGUCUUUUAUUGUGCCUCAAGACAUGCUUAAAACUAUUAUUUAAAUUUGAAUAACUCAGUAGUACUGAGUACACCAAGUGUACACAUAAGUGAAGUUUUUAAAGGUUUUUGACAAUUGAUUUUGCUUUCUCUUGUCACUCCAGGGUGUCCUUUGCAUUGAAGUCCUGGAAGCUAAAUAGACUUAAUCAAGAAAGACAUUGUUAUCAUAUCUAAAGGUUCUUCUGAGAUCCAAAUGUCAUUCUCAGAGGUAUGUGUCAAAGCUUAUGGAGAUUACUGUAUGAGCUAAAGACAUGAAAGAGCCCUUGCUGACCAGCAGUAAUAUGAAUCCAAGUGUCUUUUGGUGCUUGUGUCACUGAAAUUUUUCUGCCUCAGUUUCAUGGAAGGUGAAUCAUACAUAAAGUCUGAACUCCUCUGAAAAUUUUACGUCUGUAUAAACUUAUUUUGAUUGUUUAUUCUGAAUUAAAUAGAAUCAGCAAUCAGUGAGGCACAUAUUUAUUAAUUAUUAAGUCAUUUUUUGGAUUUCUCAUUUGCUUUGCCUCCAUGAGGAGAUAAAUUCAUUGGGACAAGAUCAUUGCUUCAGAACACUAAUGAGUAUCUUACUGUAUGUGCACCAUAGCUCAUGAUGAUAUUUCUUUCUGUUGCCAGUGGGAGCCAAGACAUUCCCAGUGAAUCCAAUAUGGAAUGAAGUGUUUGAGGUAAAGAUUUUGGUGAGUUUGUGGUUCCUUGUCCAUACUUCAAACAUGGGAUAUUUCAUUUCUGAUUGUUUUGUUUCUGAUUGUUUAUGUGAAGGCCUUUGUGGACAACUCACAUGGUCAGAAAUGAUAAAGAUUGGUGUCUUUGAUGAAGGCAAAGUGUCUGAUGAUGAAUCUCUUGGAACAUACAGUAAGUAAUCAUCCAAACAAGAAUUAGUAGAAAGCAACUCAUAUCUACAGUUUUUACAUGUAUGUGACUGUUUUGAUGUUGACAAAUAAUGUUUUAUCUCCUUAGUGUUGAGGCUGACUUUGGUACAAUUGUCCAACAAAGGCAAUGUUGCAUUGGUAAGUUGCAAAUCUUUCGUUAACUAAAGAGUUGUAUGUCAUAAUUAAUAACCGGUGUUAGGAACCUUUUUUAACACUGUGUGAUUUGAUAUAGCAUCUAGAGCAAUUUUUAAUUGAUUGUUGAAUGAAACCAACCCUAGGAUUGUACUGGGUUUACUUGUUCUUAUGGUCUGUGAUUGGUCUUGAAAACAUGUGUUACCCUCUGAGCCAAACACAUGCAAAGAGAUAAAACUUAUAGUGAUUUGAUCAGUGACACUUUCCUCUACUUUGGAUACUUCACUUGUUUUUUUCUUUUAACUGAGUUUACAUUCACAGGUUCAUUUUAAUAAUUCUCCCUUCCUGAUUGGCCAUUGUGAUUAAUUAUUGGUUUAAACACUCAGAUUAAAACUCCUAGAAGUGAUUACCAUGUAACUUUUCUCUAUAGUAUCCAUACAUUAUACAGCAAACAGGUAAUGAGAACACUCAAACUCAUCAGGUACAAUUUACAGUAUUACCUUGAUUGAAACCUAAUUCUCAUAAUCAAUUUACAAGGAAAUGUGUAGUAGCCAGAGGGGAGAAUUGAUGAUCAGAUCUUGAGAGUUGAAGGGUUAAAUUCACUCAGUUUAUUCUAACCUGUAAUUAUGUAAUUUUUGAAUACAGUGGCUUCCACUAGAGAAUGUGAAGAGUGGCCAGAUCAACUUGAGAUGCACAUGGUUCACACUGACUGCCAAACCAGAGGAUCUCUCACCGGUAAGUUCACAGUCAGCCUAACAAAAGGGUUGUUUUCAUUUAUGAGGACAAGUUGAAUAGAAAAACCAAAUCAGUGCAGUGCAGUCAAAGAAUAGUAAAUGGAAAGCAGAAGUUGUGGACCUGUACUUUUGAGAAUGGGUGUGUGAGUUGGUUCCUUCUGUGUGUUUCAAGGCUCAGAAACAACUUUUCACCAUUUUCUGUCUGUAAUGUUCAGCACUUCUAACAACUUUGGCACACUUUGGAAGUACAGUAGUCAGUGAGAGAACUUAUUUUUUUUACUGACUGGCCAUGCUCAAAAAAACAGGACCAGUUUAGCAAGAACUGCACCUUGGUCCUUUACAUAUGUAAGCAGGACCGACCAUUUGUUUAGGCAGACCAAGAGGCAAAGAUAUUAUUUGCUUGUUUAUUAGUUUUGUUUUUUGUGUACAGCCUGACCAAGCCAUUAUUGGUGAGGAGAUGUUAGCGACAGCAGCUCUUUUUGUUAAACUGGACUCAGCCAAGAAUCUUCCCUAGAGUAAGUGUGUGAUGUGGUCUCUUCUUUAUUUGAUAGAAAAGAAAAUAAGAAUGCAAAAUCUCUGCUUCUCAAAAUACACUGCAAGACCACACAAAGUGUGAAAGGUCACUGUUGUUAAGUUUUAAUGUAAAUUAUAAUUUUUUUAGGUAACAAAUGCUGCCUGUGGCACCACAAGUGCAUUCUGCAAACUUACUGUUGGAAAUAUUACUUACCAGAGCAAGGUAGGUCACACUUUUGAUUGAUCAUCCAUAAGCUAUUGUUUUCCUGUGUAUCAUCACUGAAUUGUCACAGAUCCAAGGUCCCACAGGUUGGCACACUAUGCUGUUGAUCUACAGGAUAAGGGAGUUUAGUUUCCAAAAAAACAACUGUGCUUUGGUUUUAUUUACUCAGUUGAUAAAACUAAUGGUAGAUGUUUCCCAUACCAUUUACAUGUCAGUUUUGCUUGUUGACUUAUUGAAGGAAACUCUUAUUACUGUUGUUUCUUACUGUUACAAGUACAUUUCUCUUGUGUUGGUGUAAUGGAAACCACAUAUCAUAGAGUACACAGUUGUUUUAUGUAAUUUGAUCAUAACCAGAUCAAGCUUUCAGUAGUGAUGCUGGGCACCACUAUUUAUAACCCCUGUCCAAAUCUUUUCUUUUUAGCAUUUGAAGACAAAUGAGAUUUCCCUAGUUUUUGUUUUGAAUUUUGGCCUCAUAGCUCAAUUAGUGCUACUGCACUCAACUAGUAUGUAGGAGGUGUUGCUGGCUUCUUUUCUGCAAUUGCUUAAAUUACAGUCCACCUGCAACGACCAUUGCCUGAUUUUCAUCUGCAGCUCAAAUAAAAUUAAUUUAAAAAAAAAUUAUGAUUAGAAUUGUUAAUGUGAAAGGAGAACCCCUUAAAACUUGCCUCUCAAUGAGUGUCUCUGUACCUCAGUUGCUAGGAGUGGCCAACCAGUAUCUUGAAGGCUCUGCGGGUUCAAAUCCUUUCAAAGCCUGAAUUUUUUCAGGUUUCUUUUCUGCAGUUUCUUAUUAAUAAUAAAUUACAGUCUACCUGUGAGGAUCAUUUCUUUGCUUGAAUUUCAUCUGAAAUUUAUUCCUUUCAAAAUUAUGACUUCUGAAAUAACUGAACAACUAGUUAAUGUCUCCAUUUGCUAAUAGGGAUAUAAACUGAGAUCAUUUCUCUCUUGUAAUUGCUGCUUUCUUUAUAGCAACUGACACAAUGUCAGUUGGUGAGAAAUAGAUUACUGACAUGUAUUUGGAACCAGCUGUAGAGGUUUGAAGUAGGUUUAACAACUCAGAGAAAAAGAUUAUAUCUUUGAUUAUUCCUUUUAAAAUUGUGGAAAUUCCUGAAAUGGUCAUGAGCAUCAGACCUUGAAUAACUCUCACUAAAAUGGGGAAGAAAGAGUAUAGUCAGCUGUAGAAAUAAAUAAUCAGACCUUGAUCUCAUAUCUUACAUGUACGUCAUUUUUAUCCCAUAAAAGCGGACUCAGUACUCGUAAAAACGUAGAAGAUGGAUUCAAGCUGUUGUGUCCGAGGCGGCUCGUGUAAAGUUAACAUGCCAUCUUUCUUCACGUGUCCAUUGAAGAGAGUCGCCUGGAAAACUGAUUCAAAAUGGCCCUUUGAACGUUCCAGUUUCGUUUUAUAACACGGAGGACUGCAGAGUGCUGACCUCGCCUUUCAGUAAAAGAAGAAGCCUAGCAGGCAGCGCGCUCUUGAGGCUCUGACUGCUCCACGUGAUCGGCUGGGCCUGCAAAAACCACAACUGCAACGGCAACGGGAACAUUACUAAACAUAAGGUUUAAUGAAUAGAACAAUGGCUUUGUAGGUGCGUUAUAAAUUUUUCUAAAUUUCUCUGCGUUCUCUGCAAAACUACAACGUGAAAUCACCAAACUCUGCGUUUUUUGGAGAACGUGACCGACGACGGCUAAUUUUUUAAUUUUCUAUUUCUAAUUUAACGGUGUUCCUUAUUUAGUUUCACAUAGAUUUAACUGUGAAAAACAAACUAAACGAUUUUAGAGUAACGCGAGACUCGUAGGUAAAAUAGAGGUUCACUUUUUAACCGACGUUGUCCACGGCAUCGCCGUCGUCGUUUCUUAAACUCGCUAUUGUUCAUGUGUG